CCCUAAGUUUACGCCUAUGGUACGUAUGUUAUAAACCAGAACCAAGUUGGUCUGGCUCUUUAACAGACAAGUAGGACAGCGGAAAAGGACAUCAACGUCAACUGCUAAACAUCAAACACGAAGCAGUGACUGUCGCGUGUUUUCAUGUUGUCGUCACUAAAAUUUCAUCGCCAGUUACAGAAUCCAUGCUACAGCUGAUUUUCAAGCUCUUUGCUAAUACUUUGUGAAGAAUGUGAAAUGUUGUUAUCAACUCUUGUGAUUAUAUUUGUAACUACAUUUGUUUUUGCAGUUGCUGAUGGUGCUGUGCAAAAAAUUGAAUUCACGGAGGAGCCCAAGAGUCUAGUGGCUUUAGAAAACGAAAACGCCAUCUUUCGAUGCUCCGCAGUCACAGUUCCUCCCCAGCGGAUCAACUACAUGUGGAAGAAGAAUGAUAUUUACAUGGAUAUCAGCAAGAUGCCAAGAGCUGAGAUUACGUCAUCAGGCAGUCUCGUGAUCAGUUCAGUAAAACGCUCGGAUUUUGGCUCCUAUAGAUGCAUUGCACAGUGUACUGAUGGGGCGCUCAUUAGCCAGCAAGCAAAACUGGAAAAACCUGAAUUGUCAAUGGCUGCAACGCAAUCGACAGUUCAAGUGAAGGAAGGUGGCUAUCACAUUUAUGAUCCACAUUUGAAAAUAAACACACCAGUCACAGUUUCAUGGCUGCUGUGCAGCAAGUCAACAACUACUUGCAAAUCUCCUGAUCCAAGCUCUACGUACGUAACCUCCAAUGGAAGUCUUUUGAUGAGCCCUAUAAUGGCGGCUGACGAUACAUACUACGGGAAGCUAGAGAUAAGGGGCAAAUAUACCGGUACCAGACAGGUUGUUUUCGGUCCUAUCAAUAUAAUUGAAUAUUUACCGAAUCACUGGAAAUAUAAAUGUCCAGAAGCUACUUUAAAUUUUCUACCUACAACAACAAACUUCACAGUACCUGAAGGUGGAAAUGUCAUAAUGGAUUGUCUAGCUGUGUUAAAAAGAUGCGCAAAUACAUUAGUUUUCCAUUGGGAAGACAAGGCUGGAAGGAGGCGAAGUGAAACGAGGCAGCUUAAGCUAAGCAACGUAACGAAACAAGACGAGGGGACCUACACUUGUGUUGUUGAUACCAGUGGAGAUCCCAAAGCAUAUUUUUUCCUGAAAGUGGUUGGAAAGCCGAAAAUUGUCAAUCCACCCCCUGAGAUCUUCACUCUUGGCUCAGAUGGUCUUGUAACAUCAGGUGAUGUGGAAAAUGCAGAUUUGGUUGAAUGGUACACUAAUGCGGAGCGAAUACUCGAAGAUACAACAAUCUAUCAAGUUAGACGGGAUAAUAGGCUUUUGAUAAAGCACCACAGCCGCGCUUUCGAAGGCAUUUACCAAAUUGUUUAUCGCAACCAAGCGGGCGCUCUGACAAGGACUGUCAAAGUGGUCGUAUCAUACGGUGCUUGCGGGGAAAGAUUAAAUAAGAAUGAGGGAGAAAUUUCGUUUGCUUAUCCGAAAGAUCUUCAAACAAGCAGUAUACAGUGCUUUUGGAUUAUUCAGUCGUCUUCACCAUCUCCGCUGCAAUUUUACUUUGCGAACUUCAUCUUCCAUGGCAGAUGCGACACAACAUUCGCUUUUAUUUACAAUGGAACAGUGAAGAUGACUGUCGCCACUGGCAUGCAUUUCUGUUCCAAUACACCUCCAAAAGGACUGGUAUCGACUCAUGGUCCGUAUGUUACUGUUUUUGUGCAAGGACAAAAGACGGACCUUGACAAGGGAAGCUUCAAACUUCUUUAUGGCCCAAAUAUAACAGUGCCAACAACUGUACCUUCAACGACAUCGAAAUCAAGCAGAGCGCCAAGUACGACAGCAUCAACAGCAAGUACCAAAAUAGCAACAACCACAGUUACUAAGAAAACAAAGCCUAAUUCACAGGGAACCAUAACCAAUGUAAUUUCAACCACUCGGACGAGCAUCAUAACGGCAACAAGCAAAGUGCGAAAGACGAAGAAACCUAAAACAACAAGAACAGAGGCUAUAAGUACGGAAUACAAGAAAUGGUCCACCAGCAACACGAAUGCAACUACGGUUAAACCGAAAAAACACAGAAGAAAUAGAAGCACAUCCGAUGACGUCACAGUUGCAGUUGCAGUUUCUGUUACUGUUGUCAUCCUCAUUGUUAUUCUUAUAAUUGUUUUUAUAUUAUACAGAAAACAAAAAUCACAGAGAAAUAUCAGCAAGGGAUCGUUCUUCGCCAACAAAAAAACAUGUGCUAAUGGAAGAAGCAACGUUUCAAAAGAUGGAAGAUCGCAAGAAACUUGUUUUACACUUCGAGGAAAUUCCGAUGGCGGCUCUACCCGUAAACCUUUCCCAGACGUGAUUCCACGUUUUGACACAAAAACAAACUCACGUUAUGCUUCCUACAAUCAAAACACGAGUGAAGACAAUUAUACAGCACUUGGAGCAGAAACUGCAACAGAUAACCAAACCUACUCAUCGCUGCAGUUUGAACGCGACCAAAGCGAAGACAGUCUAUCUCAAGGGCACCCAUAUGCUGUUAUUGUCCCUGAGGAGGAACAAUACAUGCCAGUAGCAAAUUGCGACAGUAUUUCUGGGAAUGUAAUUGAAAACCAAUCCGUCUGUAGUACGAUGCAGCCAGUCUACCAAGAGCUGCAAAAAGAACACGAUUCGCCGUCUAAUAAUCAGGGAUAUCAUCCUUCUUGUGUCGUGGCUAACCAUGCUGCAUUCAUAAACUCACAGCCUCAUUUGUAUGAAGGGGCUCCUCAACAGCCUCUUUACCAUGUCCUGGAAGACAAAUCCGUGGCUAACCCCGGUUUAAAAGGAAAUGUACAGAUUGGACAAGAGUAUUUGCAACCGCAAGCUUCAAUUAAACCACCACGUGUCUCGCCUAAGCCGCGUGCCCGGAAGACCGUAAGCGAGGGACAUAAUAACCGGAAUGCAGAAUAUGCCACAUCGCAUUACAUUCAACCAAAUCCUGUGAAUGAAACUUUUAAAAAGAGUUAUAGCCAGUCUCAGCGCUAUCAGAAACCGAAUAUUGAUUCAGUUGUUUCCGAUUCCGCGAUUUAUAUGACGGCGUGCGAAGGAGUGAAUGGAGAGGACCGAGCCGCAGAGAAUGACGCCACGGCAAUGAAAUAUCAACCAAUCACAUCAGACGAUGCUGCAUAUUUGGCAAUAAUGAAUGGAAAUUAGACAGACUGACAUUGGAACAUAAUGGAGAAAACAUUUCUCAAAAUCUGUGAUAUCGUAAAGAUUCUCUUUAUUUGUUGAAAAAUUUUCACAUGGCGUAUUAACUGUUCGAAACGCAUGCCCAAUCAUGUUCCUGCAAUUAAGGCAGCCUUUCAACUAGCCUGGGUUAAAACAUAUCUGGGUUAAAAGUUAUCCGUUUUUAAAGUGAGUCAAUGGAAACGGCAUUUUUUUCGACCCGUUUUAAUUCGGAAACGCCAUUUUUCUUCGAUCGUUCCCACUAAGCCGGGUUAAAAUGUAUCCAGGGUGAAAAGUUGUAAGAGAAAUCAGUAUUUGCAUCAAAAACCCUUCAAUUUCUAUCAUUGUAGGCCAAUGGAAGCAACAUUGACAUCCAGGACAGGAUUUUGUUUUUUUUAUUUUUGGCGGCAUCUCAAUUUUCAAACGUUGCUGUUGUUGCAAGUGGGUCAGAAGUUAUCCGGGUUUCGGCGUUUCCAUUAACUCGCAGGUGGGUAAAAAUACCCGGGUAAAAACUGACCCACUCUGAGACCCGUUUUCAAACUUAUCCGCUUUUCAAGUGGGUUGGUGGAACCGGGACGCAGAAACGGAUAACUUUUAACCCGGAUAUGUUUUAACCCAGGCUAGUGGAAAGGCUGCCUAAAAUUGCGUUCAACAUAUUUGCAUGGAAGUAAAUUGCUUGUUGCUGUUUCUAUAAUUCUUUGUAAUACGAAAUAUUAGGUAUUCUGGAUUAUGAAUAU